AUGGACUCGGACGACGAACCUCUCACGCUUUCUGCCGACACUUUAGCGGCCCUCCAGCAGUUCAAGCUGGAGGAAACACAGCGCAAACAGCAGUUCGAACAGCUUUUCCAGAAACUGGAGGAGCAGUUCGAGCGGCAGAAGUUCUCCAUCGACACGUUCCAGGAGAACUGGCAGCUCUCGCAGUUCUGGUAUGCGGACGAAACCGCCGACGUGCUUGCCCGGGCUCUUCUAGAAGGCGCCGAUCAAGACACGGUGAUCUGCAUUGCCAGUGCCCCUUCCGUGUACGCAGCGGUGACGAGAAUGCCGGAAAACGAGGUGCCCACCAAGCACAUCUACUUACUCGAAUACGACGGCCGGUUUGGCGUGAUGGCGGGCAAAAACCACUUCUUCGAGUACGAUUACAGGCGGCCGCACGAGGUGCCGGACGUGAUCCGCAAGCGGUGCCACCGGCUCUUGAUCGACCCGCCCUUUUUGGAGGAGCAGUGCCAGACCAAGUCGGCCCAGGCGGCGCGGAACCUUUUGGCCCCGGACAACGGCGAGAAAACGGCCUCGGGCGACCACCGCUGGAAGCUCAUCUCUUCCACGGGCGAAAGGAUGCGUGACAUCAUGAAGAAAACGUAUCCGGAAACACGGCUCACGUCUUUUUUGCCGGAGCACAAGAACGGGCUCAGCAACGAGUUCCGCUGCUACGCGUCUUUCGAGUGCCCGCAUUGGAAGUAUGAUGAUACACUCUGA